GAAAUUUUACUUGAAUUAUUUAAUUUCUAGGGCAUGCCUGUGGAUUUACAAGAUGCCAUGAAGAGGGCAACAUCAUUGGAAACAUUUAUGGAAAUGUUGAACGCUUCGGUUUUACCAAGUGUAGAACCAGAAAAACAUAGAGGUUGGUUAUCCAUCUAAAUUUCAUAGUGCAUGUUUUCCUGGUCAUUUAUAUGUUACUGUGUUAUUAAUAGUUCAAUUAAUUAAGAAAUAUAAAAAUUUUUCCGUGUUUCUAUACAGUUAUAGAAACACGCAUGGGAGUUUGGGAGAGCGAGAAAUAAUCAGUUUGGGUUCUCUCAAGUUACCUCAAGUGUUUCUAUAACUGAACAGAAACAUAGGGAAAAUGUUUUCCAUUUAUUUUAUAAUACGGCCCAAUAGAAGCUUUCAUAGCCAUUUUUAAUUUAUAUCAAUUAAUUCGAAAAUUCUCAUUACCUCAACAUAAAUUCCACUCGAUCAGUUGACUUUUUUUUGUCAACACACUUCUCGACCAAUCAACAUUCGCCUACUAUAAAUAUAUUAUUCAGAAUAAGUUUUCUGUGAUUAUCCUAAUCAUUGAACGUAUGUUCUUCAUCAAUGGCUGUUGCCAUCCACUUUACACGUUCGAAUAACUCGGAUAACAUGCCUAUAGUUGCUACUACUGUUAUGAUCAUUGGUAACUGUAUGUGAGCAUUGACUGGAUUAAACGUGAUUAACGAAGUUAAGGCUUGUUUCAACCGUCAAAUUUUUCAUGUUCGGUAAAUGGGAUUAAACUUAACAAAGGGUUUAAGUCAUUUACAUUACUAGGUGUUCCCCACGGUAAGCACGACGUUUGAACUUGGUUUAACCUAAUAAGGUCUCAGGUAACCAACUAAGUAUUUAAUUUACAUCUGGGUGCAAUAAUUCAAGUUUGUUUCGCUGUACCUCAUUGGUACUCCAAUGAUUAUUGGCGCGUACGUGAGCUGGUAAUUCUAGAAACACUCUGGUUUGAAUUUUCUGGUUUAAUAACCUAGAAAAAAUGUACAAUUUAAUUAAUAUUCCUCAGUGGUUAUUUUUUAACUUACUUUGGUGGUAAAUCAAUUACAAAUUAAAGCAAAACAAUCAAAGUUUUUGUCGCACAUCUUCGUUUAAUUUCAUGAAAAUAUUAUUUUCCUCACCUUCUAUUUUUGUCAAUUUUGGAAGCGACUCAAUCGCACACAUGCACGCUAUUCAUGUUUCUGUUUCAAUUUUUAUUCUACAGGAAAUGCAUUGAUUAUUGUUAAUGAGGCUUGCAAGCCAAUAGAAGUGAUGGUUCCAGUACCACAACCAAAAAAGAGAAGAGCCUUGGCUUUUCCUGUCUAUGUGAAAUUGUUUCGUUGUAGUGGAGGAUGUGACAUCGAGCCACGUUUAUCACGAUGUGUUGCUACAGGUUGGUCUAUAGACUGUAGUGUUUUCUUGCUCGCUCUGGUAGUUUAUACUACUUUGGAUGCAGGGGGUUUUCUGAUGUAAGGCGAUAUUCAGCGAAACCGAAAACCCAUUGAUGAUCUGUGAUAGUAGUUUACCAGUUAUCCACGUCAUCUUGUCAGGAGACGGCCGCCUAAACCCUCAUAGAGGAGCAUUUACCUCAAAUUUUAUGAUCAAUGGAUGAAAAUUAUGAAAGUUAUUCAGUUACAAUAAAAGUCGUCAUCUAUGUUUCUCUCCGCAUUUGUUCAAAAGUCAGGGCCUUCUUUGUCCUAUGUUCUUUCACUUAAAUAACCAACUGCCAUCCGUGAUUUAAAAAAAAUGGUUAAUUUAAGCAUUAUAUUAUUUGCUUGAUUCGUGAAAAUAUAAUACGCAUGCAUGUUUAUAUAAAAAUAUUACGAAUAAACCUUCGAUUUUUGCUGUGGACUCAUUAGUACCCGAAAGUCGUGGGUUUUCUCCGUGUGCUGGGAUAAGCCACAAACUGACUAGCUGUGCUCUAUGGGUAAACAUGGCUUCCAGAUGCGCCCUUGGAAAUGCUUUAGUCGAAGCAUUUCUAAGGGUGCCUCUGGCAGUCAGUUUGUGGCUUAUUGGAGCACACGGAGAAACCCACGACUUUCGACAAGGUUGACCUACAGGUACAUCCUUUGUAAUUCAACUUAGCUCUCAGCUGCAAGAGAUUAGCACACCCCUAAUACUUACCUCCAUGCACCUUGUGCACGAAAUGUGGUGUUUACCAAUGUAUUAAUUAAGAGACCUGGCGCAUGAACUGUCAUUGCAGUAUUAGCCUAUGUUUCAGUCCACUACGCCAUAUUGUAAGGUUGACUAAAUUUUGUUGCCAUCUUUCCUCAUGUUGAGGAUAGUUGGGAAUUAUUAAUGAUAAUAUAUAUUUUAUCUUUAGCAACUACCAACAUUCCUAUAAAAGUGGGUCUAGUGUCAUGGCGCAAAGGAGACAAUACUGUAUCUGAAUUGAAGAAGAAAGUGUCUGAAGUUGUUUUGCUGAAUGAAACACAAUGCGGAUGCACAUGCAAAAGAGUAAGGAAAUCUUGUAAUUCCAAAACUCAUUUUUGGAAUGACAGAACUUGCCGGUGCGAAUGUUUAUUGGCGCAGCAAACAUGCCAAGCGCCGCUAGUCUGGAAUAAACACUCGUGCCGUUGUCAGUGUCCGAAAACUGGUCACGUUUGUCAUGGUCCUGGCAAAGUUUGGGAUAAAGAGCAAUGUCGAUGUGUUUGUUGGAAGGAGACGUGUAGUAAAGGAUACUACAGAAAUCCAGAGACAUGUCGGUGCACUUGUCAUAAAAAUUGGUGCCCCAGAAUGUAUGACAUUUAUAAGAUGAAACGUUUCAGAGACCAGUCAACGAUCGAACUAGAAAAAACCUAAACCACUUUAGGAAUGGCAUUAAAGUGUAGACGAAAGUAGGAGUGUCGAACAGUUGCAAGUAGUAAAAUGCUAAGUAUUCCCAUGCUUAUAAAGGCACAAUAAGGUAUUGAAAAACUCAACCGUCCUAGCGAUUUGUAUGCAAUUAUGAAAUAUGAAAAAUUUUAUGUAUUUCAUGGUAAUGUAUGAAUUAAUCCACAAUGCUAUAUACCAGCGCUCGUACAGUACGCCCCCUGAAAAACACGGGAUUUUACUUAAGUUCUGGAAACUCCGUAAACACACUUGGAAUUUCAAACUGAGCCCUGAAAAAACUAUUUUUUUUGCAAGAUCACACUUAACGUUCCGUUUAAAUAUAGGAUGGAUUGUCACGAAACGUACUUGCACAUAGUAUAUCCAUCUUUUUUAAAAGUGAUAUGACUGGAUAGCAGCAAUAUUGGUAGUGAAAAUCUUGUGGAUUUAUUGACGAAAUUAUUUUUGUCAUAUUUCAUGAACCCUGCAUGCAUGGAAAACUCCUGAAAACGAGAGAAACAGUCCUCAAACGUCCUGGAUUUUUAAAAUGAUGCACGUGGACGAAAACUGAUAUGCAGCGUUUUUUAUUUCAUAGAAUAGACCAGACGUAACUAUAUAGGAAUUUGCGUUGUGUCUACUGACAAAACAAUUCUAAUGCAAAGUUUCUUGUGUUCUUUUCUGCGAAACUGGGAGAGUAUAGUAAGUGGGCGUAUGAGUUAUCCAAAUUUGCGAAACUGGAUGUAAUGAACAAGUGUUGGCUCAUCUGAUUCAUGAAAUAUUACAAAAAUAAUUAUAAGCCAGCUGGAUUAAUUCGUACAGAAAUUGUCAGCCCGAUUUCUGUGACCAGGGAUCGGUUGUUUGAAAGCCGGUUAGCCAAAGGUCGUUAAAGUUUUCAAGAUGGCGUCUAUUUUUCAAGAUUGUUGAAAUGGGAAGUCCUCUUCAAACGAAAUCCAAGCCUUUCAAGGUUAAAACUUUUUGGAAUUAGAGCUUAACUUUUAAACUAUUUUGAAAACCUUCUUCUCGUCCAUUUGGGUCAACAUAAAACGUCAAAGAAAACUACUCUACAACUUAUUUAAAAAGUUAGAUAUAUUAAUCCAGGACGAAAGGAAGUUUUAUUUUCAGAUUAUUUUUAAUACGGACGUCAAGAAAUAACGAAAACGGCGGGUAUAAAAUUUUAACCCAUAAGAGUUAGCGCUAUAAUCGUGUUUUAAACAACCGGCCCCAGAAUAUUAAAUAUGGGUUGUGGCUACCAUGGAAUAUGUAUAUCAUAAAGUAUAUUAUGUAGAGCGCGAAUGCAAACGAGUGCACGCAAUGCAAUAUUAAAUGAUAUAUUAAUGUAAUAUCCUGAUAGUUGUCUUAACCUGUAAGUUAAGAGAUUACGUAGUGGUCAUUAAAUAAUAUAUGUUACGUUAGCCACGUCUUUAAUUUAUUGAUGCAUUGUCAUGAUUUAUAAAGACAAAAGAGAACUGUGUAAGACUUACCUUUUUUUACCUUCUGAAAUAAAAAAGCAGCUGAUUUAUCUCCAUUUGAACAUUGGUUCAAAGGCGAAGUGCUUGUACACUUCUACAUAGCUUUAUUGACGUUUAAAUCCUAAAGUUUGAA